UAAUAAAACUCUAAUUUUAAAUUCAUUAAUCGAUGCAGUUUUUCAUCAUCUGUAAAACAUGUCAAUAAUAUUAUUAUUAUUAUCUGAAAAUUAUUAAUUUUGGAUGUUAUUUCAAUUUCAAACUUGCUGAAUUAUUUCAAUAUUUUAAUACUCGAUCUUUAAUACUUUCAAAGAUGUAGCUUAACUCAGUAUAUACACACAUACACACACAUUUGUAUGUAUAUGUAUAUACAUUUUUUUAAUUCGUUAUAGCAAUAAGAAACUCAUCAUUGGGUUACACACUACCAUACAAAACACGAGUUAUUAUCAAUAUUGAUGAUACUAGGGUCUACUUUUGUAUCUGCCUCUAUCAGAUGUUAAUCGUACCGAUUGUCGUAAUUGGUUAUGUUGGAUUCGAUUGUUUAUUUACACAUCUGGCUAUUCACAUUACGGCACAAUUUGGAAUUCUCAGCUGCAAGAUUAGAGAAAUUCUCGAUGACUGUAAUAGUUUUCGGCUUAAUAUCAAGACAUUGGUAUUUCGACAUAAUAAAUUGAUAAGACAAGCAGAAUGUUUGGAAGAUAACUUUAAUAUAAUGAUAUUACAACAAUUGACGGGAACUACGUUCCACCUUUGUAUAUCAGGUUACAAUACACUAGCAGGUUCCGUAAACCAAGAAGGACUAACACCAUUUUUAUUCUUUUUAUACGCCUUUAACGUCUUGAGUACACUAUUUAUUUAUUGUUACAUCGGCGAGUGUCUCAUUCAAGAAAGUAUGGGUCUGAGCAACGCAUUUUAUCGUUACGAAUGGUAUAAUAUUUCACCGAUCAACCUAAAAAUGAUGUAUAUUUGUAUGCUACGUAUGAAGAAACCACAACAACUGACUUCUGAAAUAAUCUAUGGGCAGAAAAAUAGAGAAGAAAUUCAUGCGUGUAGCGAUCAAGAGAGGUGA